GAAAGCCUCCAUUGCUGCCAGAACCCUGCUGGAAUAGAGCCUGAAGAUGUUGCUAAACGUCUUAUGGAUUAUGGAUUCCAUGCUCCUACAAUGUCAUGGCCUGUUCCAGGCACACUCAUGAUUGAACCCACUGAAAGUGAAAGCAAGGCGGAGCUCGACAGGUUCUGUGAUGCCCUUAUCUCCAUCAGGGAAGAAAUUGCUCAGAUUGAGAAUGGAAAGGCUGAUAUCCACAACAAUGUUCUGAAGGGAGCUCCUCAUCCACCAUCUCUGCUCAUGGGAGAUGCAUGGACGAAGCCAUAUUCAUGGGAAUAUGCAGCCUUCCCCGCUUCCUGGCUUCGCACUGCUAAGUUCUGAUCUACUACAGGAUGUGUUGACAAUGUAUACGGUGAUCGCAACCUCAUCUGCACCCUGCUCCCAGUUUCACAGAUGGUUGAAGAAGAGGCGGCAGCGAAUGCGAAAUUGGCGAAUCUGUGUGUCUU